UAAUAAGUGUGUUAACAUUAAAAUAAUUUUCAUGAAUUGAAAGUUAGGCACUGGUAAAUUUAAUAUUCCUGUUCUCUUCCAAAUUUUUAAUACUACUAAGAAGUAAGGAAUGGGAGACAUAGUAUGGGAAUAAGAAAAAAAUGAUUGAACAAAAUGAUCGUAUGACAAACACAAAUACAAACUCACACACACACAUAUCAGGAAUAUGUAUGUGUCAUGUAAGUUUAUUCAUCAUUAUACAAUAUAAAACCGUGUAGACAUAUAGAGAGCAAGCUGAUGGUACUCACUUACCUUCAAAUGUGUGUAUAUGUUGACUUUUGGAUUAUCAUGAUUCUAGAGAAAUCUAAUGUAAACUGUCAAAGUUAUCCCAUACUCUAACUGGCUGGCAUGACUGCUUUAAGUAUAAACAACAUUACACUGUUGCUCAACAUAUAUAUAUUGAAGAACGAUACAUAAAAUGUAAUGUAAAGUUUUGGUAAUGGAAAAAUUUAUUCCCAUAUAGAUUUUUGUAAAUAUUAUUAUUAGUAUUACUUCUGUAAUACAGUAAAUACAAAUUUAAAAGAAAACAUUUCAUAUCAAUUGAAGACAAUGCCUAUGCGUAUACCACAACCAAUACAGAUUUGGUUCAAUUCAUUGCAUCAUUAUCGUAAAAAGAUUCAAUCUCAAAAUGAUUCAAUAUUAUUAACAGAUAAAUCUGAUGAAAAAUUCAUUGAUUAUAAUCCAUUAUUAAUUGGUGGUAUUGAAAAUUUAUUACUUGAAAUGAUACCAAAAAAUUCUAAACCAAUAAUUAAAAAUGGUGCCAAUGAAGUUGCUCAAUGGAUUUGUCAUAAUUUAAUUAUGUUAUAUGAUGUUAAUGAAGAUGAUUGUUCUAAUAAGCCAGAUACAAUUAAUCAAUCAAAUAUACAUAGAAAAAAUCUACUUAAUGAUUUACAAUUUAUUACAAUAGAAUUAUUACCAACAAUUAUUUAUGUAUACUUUUGUUUAUUUAUUUUUUUUGGAUCAAAAAAAUCUCAUCAAAACAAAUUAAUAACAACUAAUAAACCGGAUAAAAAAUUUAUAAAAUUUAAAAAUGUUGAUAAAAUUUCUUCUUCAUUAUUAUUAUUAAAACAAAAUGAAAAUUAUUCACAAUUAAUGAAUAAUCAAUCAAAUCAAUUAAUUAAUGUAAAUAAACAUACAAUUAAAACAAAAUCACAAGAUACAAUUCAAUUAAAUAAUGAAUUAUUAAUAAAAUCAGAAAAUAAUAUAAAAUUAACUAAUAAUAACAAUAAUAAUAAAUUAAUAAAACAAAAUACAAAAAAACAAUUAUCAAUGAAUUAUUUUAAUGAAUCAAUGAAUUUAAUUAAUAUUUUUGAAAUUUUUUUAUUGACUAUUUAUCAAAUUUAUCAAAAAAAUUUAUUAAAUAUAAUAAAUGAAGAAAAAUUUAAUUCAUUAAUAUUAUAUAAUUCAACAAUAUAUUAUGAUGAAUUAUUAAAUUCUAAUGAAAUCAAUAAAAUGGAUUAUUUAAAUCAUAUCAAAUUAUGUAAUCAAUAUACAAUUACAAAAAAACAAUCAAAUCAAUUUAAUAAUGAAUUAUAUUUAAAUAAAAAAUUUAAUGAGUAUACAAUUAAUUCGCACAAUCGUAUGCACAUAUUGACUGCACUGAUGAAACAAUAUAGUGCAUACUCUCCAUCAUGUGUAUCUAAACAAUCAAGAGUAUCAUUAUGCAAAUUGGCUUGUUUGUUUAAUCCUUUCAAUAACCAAUAUUCAGAGGAUAUGCCCUUACAAUUUGAAGAAUCUGAUUCUGUGGAUGACGAUGGGCAUACUUGUGAUAUGAAUUCCAUGAAACUAGAAGUAAUAAAGGAAAAUGAAAAACAAGAUAAUUCAGUUCGCGAGGAAGCCAAAUCACAACCAACUUCACCAAAAACACUUGGUAAAACGGAAGAGCAUACCUCCAAAGGAAUGCAAAAUUCUUAUACAAAAUCGGAGACAAACAAACAAGUGAAAUUUGGUAGAGUAACAGGAUUGAGUUCGAAUUUUGUUACAGAAAUUCUGUUUUCUCUCUAUCCAGUUCUUUUUACUGAACAUUCAGACUUAGCUUGUGAAGGAGUCAAGUCUCUGAAAGCUAGAGCGACUUAUGAAAUAUGGUCAAAUGUCUUGUUACUGAUUAAUUCAAUGGAAAAAGACUAUACUCGAUCAAAGUCACCUGAUUUAAAAUCGCUUAAAUUUGAUAAUCGAAUGAUCAGCCAAGAGAUGUUAAAUAACAAUAACUUUAGUGAGUGUUCAGUUGAAGAAAAAAAAUUGAACUCUGAACAGUUAAGUUUAGCUAGUGCUUAUUGUGGUUUAUGGUCUGGACUUUUGGGGAAACGAUCUGAUAUGCAACAAGAUCAAAUACCACCAGAACUCGGUGAUAUUCAAGAUUUGUCAGGAAAACGGUUACACUACGUUCGACUAGCACAAGCCAAAUUUAAAAGACCUGUUGUUACAAAUUCAAAUUUUAAAACUGUAAAACUUCCAGAUGAUAUAACACCUUUAUCACCAGUUGAUAUAACUAUUUCAAAGCAAAAUGAAAACAAGAAUUACCUUUCAACACAUAAUAUUGUACAUUUAAAAAAUAAUUGGAAAAGUUCUAUGGAUGAUUUAUCAAGAAUUGAAGAGCCAAAUGCACCAUCGACUUCAUUUACUCGUGAAUGGUUUAAAAAAACUCUUUGGAAAGACAGACAAUCUGAGAAAUCUUAAGAUUUAUUCUUUUAUAGUUUCGAAUUACAUUCUUAGAUUCAUAAAAGUUUUAUUUGAGCAUUAUUUAUAAUUAUCGCUUAUUUAAUUUUGAACAUGGCAUACAUUCUUCGUCUUUAUCAUCUAAAAAUUACUGUUUCAAGUAAAACAAUUAUAUUAUACAGGUUUUAUAUAAUCUUUUAAAUAUGAGGAAAAACCUUGGUGUGUGCUACUUACAUUGACAUAAGUAGCAUAUGAUGUUAGUUGUGAACAGAAUGUCUGGCAGAAGAGAGACAAGAGGAUCGAACAGUAAGGAAUGGAAACAGAAUGAGAUUUGUAUGAAAAUGCAAGAACAAUGAAGUCUGAGUCAUUUUGAGACAACUGAUGGACAUUUCGCAAAUUAAGCAUUUACUAUGUGAUUGUUAAAUUUUAUUAACAAGUCCUGUAAUUUUGCACCAAAUGCAUUCGAUUGUCCCCACUCGUGUUCUUGUUCGCUAAAAAACCUUUUCAGAACUAUUUACUUAUAAACAUCUAUCAUAAGUUUCUUGUAACUCAUUUAAUGUAAAUAUGUUCAAAGUUGUCCGAAGACAAUUAUAUUCGAAGUAAAAAGGGAUGUUGAUUAAUUGUUCACUGAAUUUGAAAAUGAUGUGAAUUUACUUUACUGCUUUCUUGAUAAGCUGAAAUUAAAAAAAAAACACAAAACGUAAGACAUUAUUUUCACUUAAGAACAUUCGCCUAAAUUUGAUCGAAUAGUUUCACAGUAUUUGGGCGCUGAGUUAAUGUGAGACAUUAAAGAGGAAGAAUGUAUUUGUAAAAUCUCAGCGAAUGAAUUUUGAAGUAAAUCCAGCGUUUCGCCUGGCAAUUUAAUGCAUCCUGUGACAUUUUGGAUUCAUAUCAUAUAUAAAAAAUUAUAUGUUCUUCUUAAUAUUCACCGACCGAAGACAUUAUAUAGUGAAUGAAAUUUCUUAUCACUUACGUAUACACACAAUCUAUUUUCUUAACACCUUUCGUCUUCACACCACAUGUCUCUUACACACUAAUGUAAAUACCUACUUUAUACAUUGUUAACAUUGAUUGGAUAACCUAUUCAGUAUACAAUGAACCGGAGAACCAUGUACCUAUCUAUGUUUGAUAAUUUUGGUGUUUGAUUAUAUUUCCUUGAAAAAACUUUGACCAGAUUUCCAGGUGAAACGUUGGAUUUACUUCAAAAUUCAUUCACUGAAAUUUUACAAAUACAUUCUUCCUCUUUAAUUAAUCUCACUUGUUCAUUUGAAAUUGACUGAAAUAUGAUUUGUAACACUUUUCAUAAGGAUUAUAGCUAGAAAAUGUAGUCUUAAUUGAAUGUUACACGGUACUACGUUUGUCUUAAUACUCCACUAAUAUUGAAUUUCUGUGUUGAAUAAAUCAAAUGUAAGCAGUGAUUUAGAGAAAGCACUGAUAAAGUAAUAGUUUCCAAUUUAAAGUUUUGGAAAUGAUUGAUGUAUAUCAUUUAAUUUUGUUUAACGUGAAUAAAAACUGUUAAUACAUCUUAUAAACGUCUUUAAUAGCCACUAUCCGGCUUCCAUACUGAGCUGAUGUAACAAAUUUUCCAUCCAUCAUACACUAGAUGCGUGGAUUCCGAAGUAUUCAUCUCUCGCUUCUUAAAAAGAUAGAAAACGAAAAAAAAUUUAUGUUAACCAUUAUGUUGUUUCGGUUUGAGUUUAUAAUCGAUUAUAAUAGUUUAUGAUCAUAUGUAACUAACAAUCAUAAUUAUCGAUUUCUAACAAAUCUGAAACUCAAGGGCUUAUUGCAGUAUUUACAAAUUCAAAACAUUAUUAAGUUGUAAAAUGUUAACUAUAUGCUACCGUUCUUUUUUUAAUUCUCUUCAGUUAUAAUAAUCUUAUUUUUUCCUGUUGUUUGCUCUCUCCUUUCAUAUUAAAAAUGUUACAAUUUUCACCCAUUAACACAUACAAAUACACAAGCAUGUCACACAUAGAUUACUGUGACUGGG